ACAUCAAAAUUGGAGAUAAAAGAUGAAGAAGAGGCAGACAUUUAGCAAAGUGGUUUAGAUUGUCUUUCUCUAAAGAGAUCUCUCAAAGGAAGAAGAGAAGAAGUUUUGGAACAGAGGGAAAGUCUCCAUUAGCACAUAGCAAACGUUGCGUUCUAGAUUAAUUGUCCAAUUGCUGUUUAAUGCCAACUAGUUUCGAUCAUGGUGAAUACGACGUUUGUGGCUUUGUAUAAGUCUAUGGAGCACGUAAAAGUCAACAAGAGGAUGCUCUAUUAUCCCCUCUGCAAGUCGUUAUAAUAUUAAAAACACUAUUUUUUCCUUCUUUGGAUAACAUUUUCUCUCCGUCCAUGGCUUCCUCCUCCUCGUCCUCAGUCUUGUCAACUCGUGUCAGGAACUAUGAUGUCUUCCUCAGCUUCCGAGGGGAAGACACUCGGCGCACAAUCGUCAGCUAUUUGUACGAAGCUCUUUGUCGCGAGGGUAUCUUUACUUUUAGAGACGAUCGGAGGCUGGAGGCAGGUGACAACAUUUCAGACCAACUCACUGAAGCCAUAAAGACUUCGUGGUUCGCUGUUGUAGUCAUCUCAAAGAACUAUGCUACCUCGAAAUGGUGCUUGGAGGAGCUUCGAUUGAUAAUGGAGCUUCACGGUGCUAAUCAUAUUCAAGUGGUUCCAAUGUUUUACGGAGUCGAACCUACGGACGUCAGAAACCAGACAGGAAGCUUCGCUGUUGUGUUUCAGAAGUACGAAGAUCAAGAAAUGGAACAGGGGAGGGUUUCCCAAUGGAGAAGAGCUCUCAACCAAGUCGGUCAUCUUUCAGGCUUUCAUUCCAUGACAUGGCUGGAUGAGGCAGCAAUGGUAGCAAAGACAGUUCAAUGUGUCUCAAGUAGACUGCUGACGAUUAGGCCGACCAGUGGAGUCGAUAUAGUUGGGAUGGAAGCACACAUGGUGAAGAUGCAUUUUCUUUUGAAUAUGGGGUCCAAAAAUGAAGUCCUCAUGAUAGGAAUAUGGGGCAUGGGAGGCGUAGGAAAAACCACCAUUGCCAAGUGUCUCUAUGAACGACUUUCAAGUCAAUUUCCAGCUCAUUAUUUCAUAGAAGACAUUAAGAGGAAUUAUAAGGACAAGAGUACAUCCUACUUGCAGGAACGAUUCCUAUUCAGCAUCACUGGUCAACAUAUUGAUUUGCAAAGGGUUGUAGCAGGAUCUCAGGUAAUAAAGGCAAGACUCCAGCACCAAAAAGUACUUGUGGUCCUUGAUGGUGUGGAUAAAGCAGAGCAGAUGUAUGCACUGGCAAAAGAGACGAGCUGGUUUGGUCGAGGGAGCCGAAUCAUCAUAACCACACAGGACAGGGGUCUGCUCACUUCAUGUGGAGUAAACCAAAUACAUGAGGUUAAGUGCUUGGACGAUAAGGAUUCCCUCCAAGUAUUUAAACAAUCAGUUUUCGGAGUAAGACGGCCUCCUUUUGAGGAAUUUGAGCAACUCUUCAUCAGAGCCUCUCGGCUUGCUCACGGCCUUCCAUCUGCCCUUGUGGCUUACGCCUCACAUCUUAGUGAAAACACUACCAUACAAAGGUGGGAAGAUGAAUUACGUCUCCUUGAAACAUCUCCUCACAAGAAUGUGGUGGAGAUCCUGAGAAAUAGCUAUGAUGGUUUAGAUAACAAUGAUAAGAUUGCUUUCCUUCAUGUUGCAUGUCUCCUUAUCGGAUACCCUGUCAAUCAUGUCACUUCUCUUCUUGAUGCUGGUUGUCCUCGGAUACAUCACUUAAGUAAAAAGUCCAUGAUCACCAUAUCAAAAAAUGGAUGCAUAAACAUGCACUUCUUGGUCGAACAAACAGGCAAAGAAAUAGUGCGCCAAGAAUGUGAGUAUAGACCUUUCAGACAACGGUUUCUAUGGGAUGCUGACGAUAUCUAUAACAUUCUGGAUAACAAAAUAGGUACGCACGAAAUUGAAUGUGUGAUGCUAAACAUGUGUAAGAUGCGUGACAAGUUAACUAUGCGCAAUACCGUAUUUGAUAACAUGCGUGGUAUCAAAUUUCUCAAGUUCUUCCAUCACGUAAGUGAUGUAAAGUCCAACCUGAAGCUCAGGUCAUCUGGAUUUUAUUUUCCCCCAAGUAUUAGGCUACUGCAUUGGGACGCAUAUCCGUUGAAAACCUUACCAUCGAGGUUCAUACACCACUACCUUGUUGAAGUCAAUCUCCGAUACAGCAACCUCAAGAGCCUUUGGGAUGACAAGUUGAUCCUUCAUAAUCUACAGAGACUAGAUGUGACAGGCUCGAAGAAUCUGAGACAACUUCCAAAUCUUUCUACAGCCAGGAACUUUGAGGAGUUGAUGGUAGAAGGGUGCAAGAGUCUGCAGAAAAUCCCAAAGUCCCUAACGUGGUUGCUUAGGCUCAAAAAACUCAACGCAAGCCACUGCGAUCUCCUUAAGAAUAUCUUGUUCGAUGUUGACUCCAUCAUGUGUGGGGACACCUGGGAGUUUUUUUUUAUUACUGAGGGAGUGAGUUUGGGUGGUCUUAAAGAUCUAUCCAUUGACGCUCAAAUAAAGUUAAACUUAGCGGGCCUACGCGGAUUUACGGAGCACAUCUCCUUUUGGUCCAAACAACAGAUCUCUGAUGAAUCAGUGAGGAUGGAAGAAAGCACAUCUAAUCAGCUCAGGUCAGAUUCCAGGGGCUUACAUUCACUCAACAUCAAGCAGUUGAGCAGAAAAUUCAAUUCUUCUUUCACCUGUCACAGCUUUUUAGGCUUUACCAGUUUAACUGAGCUAAAGCUGGUCAACUUAAACAUUGAAACAAUCCCAGAGGACAUUAACUGCUUACUAAUCCUAGAGAAACUGGACCUCAGCGGAAAUGAUUUUCUGUAUCUACCCUACACCAUGGAAGCACUGCCCAAUUUGAAGUAUCUCAGCCUUCAUAACUGCCGCAAAAUCACAUCACUGCCACAGCUUGUUCAGGUGGAGACGCUCAUACUUUCUGAAUGUGUAAACCUCCGAUCGUUGUUGGAAACAAGGGCAGCGUACUGCUUGCAUGAGCUUUGGCUUGGCAACUGUAAGAAUAUUGAAACAUUGUCAGAAACACUAAGUCGGUUAACCAAGUUAACAUAUUUAGACCUCAGCAGGCAUAACUUUGUGAUACUGCCUCAAAGUAUCAGGGAGCUUUCAUCCUUGGAAACUCUCUUCCUCAACAACUGCAAGAAACUCAUAUCAGUCGAGGAGCUUCCAAGAAAUGUCAAGUAUCUAUAUGCACACGGUUGUGAUUCCCUGGAGAAGGUUUCCCUUUAUCGAAAUCACUCGAUCAAACACCUUGAUAUCCUCCAUUGUCCCCGCCUGAAUCAAGAAGAACACAAGCAUUUAAUGGAUUUGUUUAUACAUGAUGGACAUAGUCAAGAGGGUUCACGGCGAUGUGCUUGCAUACCUGAAACUGGAGUGUACAGUGACUCUGGUAAUGAAACCAGUCAGAUAUCUAAGAAACUUAGCCGGGCUAGAAUUUUUUUUCGGUCCCUGAAAUCAGUGUUUAGUUGAUCACUGCGGCACAACAAAAAAAAAAAAAUCAUUCAAUCAGAACACCUUUGACGUUAUCCAUUGCUUCAGUCUGCAACAAGAUGAACAUCUUCUUUCUCACCUGAGUCUGGAAUCAUAUCUUCAUAAGAGUUUCCGAUUCCACUAGCCGAAAUAACAGUAUGCGGAAUUUGUAUGAUUAGCGAUAGCCAUAGAGGUUAAACUGUGGUGUGUGGAAUUUAUGUUUAAGUUUGGAACUAUAUCAGCUAUUUAUUUGUGAUUUUUUGAUGAUUAGAAUGCAAAACUUAUAAUUUUUUUGGAA